AUGAUGGACUCCUCUGUGGCAGACCAAAUGACCCGACUGACCCUGAAACUCUUGAAGAAGAAAAUGGAGCAGGAGCGUGAGGAUGUGGAAGGGGAUUAUGAGGACCCUCACCUUGUACCAGGACAAGAAAACAGGCUGGAUGCAGCCCUGCAGAGCGCUCUAAGGAGGAGGAAAGACCUUCUGCAGAGACUCAGGGAACAACGCCUCCUGGAAGAGCUCUCCCGUACCCGUGCCCACGCCUGGAGGGGGCCCAGCAGAGGAGCCCAUGGGUCAGCGCUGGCCCCAGAAGAGCCCUCUGGGAUCUACCCUGCUGCCUCCCCAGCCCCAGAGGCCCUGGAGAUGCCUCGCGUUAUCCAGCACUUGGUCCCCCAGCCUCCUGCCACCAUCAUUCAGCAGCUACCUCAGCAGCCACUCAUUGCACAGAUUCCCCCUCCUCAGGCCUUCCCAGCUCAAAGGUCGGGAAGUAUUAAGGAAGACAUGGUGGAGAUGCUGCUGCUGCAGAACGCACAGAUGCACCAGGUCAUGAUGCAGAACCUGAUGCUCCAAGCUCUGCCCCCAACAGCCCCUGUGUCAUCCAGGGGACCGCAGGCCACAUUCCUGCACCCCACCGCACAGCAGGCUCACCCUACUGUCCUGCGAGCGGAGAGGCAGAAGGCACCCUCCGUGCACCACCACCACCACUACGCACCCCCAGCCCCGCUGCAGGCUGUCGCCGCGCCUGGCUCACCUGUGGCUUACUCCACCUGGCCUGCGGUGGUCUCAGCCACCGCCCCCGCACCUGCUGCUGGCUUCCUGCCUACCGUGCGCCACGUGGUCGCCCCCUCUGCUGCUGCCCUUAGCACGUAA